CCCCCCCCCCUUCAUUUUGUAGAGAGAACAACGCGUAAGAAGGCUCAAGAAAUUAAAUCCCAUUUGAAAGCUGUAGUUUCUCACCAAGUUUCCUAAGCUUUGAUUCUUAGUAGCAAUGGCCCGUACCAAGCAGACUGCCCGUAAAUCCACUGGAGGCAAAGCUCCACGUAAGCAGCUGGCCACAAAGGCUGCCCGCAAGAGCGCCCCGUCCACUGGCGGCGUGAAGAAGCCCCAUCGCUACAGACCCGGUACCGUGGCUCUGCGUGAGAUCCGUCGUUACCAGAAGUCCACUGAGCUUCUCAUCCGCAAGCUGCCCUUCCAGCGCCUGGUGAGAGAGAUCGCCCAAGACUUCAAGACGGAUCUGCGUUUCCAGAGUGCAGCCAUCGGAGCUCUGCAGGAGGCCAGCGAGGCCUACCUUGUGGGUUUGUUUGAGGACACCAACCUGUGCGCCAUCCAUGCCAAGCGUGUCACCAUCAUGCCCAAAGACAUCCAGCUGGCACGUCGCAUUCGCGGGGAACGUGCUUAAAUGUUUUUUCUCUCUCUCUCAAUUUAUGAAACGAUCUCCUCGUCCCUCCCCUUCACCAUGCUUUCCUCCAUACAGGUAGUAGUUUGGUUUGAGGUUCUCUAUAUAUCAUGACUGUGAUAACCAUAAAUGUGUGAUUAUGUCUUCUUUGGUGCUACAAGUAGAAGAGUUUUUUCAGAUAUAUAGUUAUGUAUGUUUGAAACUUUUACACUCCUCUCUUUAGCUAUUGCUACAAAUUAAGUGUUUUGCUAGCCUUGAGUAGUGUGUAAUCUGGAAUGAGCAUAGGACAUAGCAUGAAGGCAGAGACAUUUUCAUAUUCAGACGGACACAUUCAUCGAUAUGACUCUUCUGUUCCUGCAAAUGAUUCUUUUUGGUUUGUUUAAAAUAUUCAUUUAUUUUAAACGCAGUACGUUCUCUUUAUACAACAAUGGUGUAAUCCUGUUUUAUUAAUAUUGUAACGGAAUCCAACUGCUUUAUUCUGGUUGUCAAUUUCAAAUGUCAUUGCACUGUAAUGACUGCAUGGUUUCACACUUAUAAAACGGCAUAAAUGUAGCAAACUUGAUUAUACUUUGGCCACAUUAUCAUGUCUAAGCAAUGUUAUGACUUUUUGUUUCUCUCUCAGGUUGCUAACCUAUUUUUUUUUCUACUGUGUAUUUUGUGUUUUUGGUCAUUUUGAAGGCUAAAACAUUUGUACUCCAAAAAUUCACAUAGAUACAUAAAUAAAACUGAUUCUUGUGGUUUAAA